AUGGAGCCCCCGCGCGCGCCCGCUCUGCGCCGCCUGCUGCCGCCGCUGCUGCUCCUGCUGCUGCCGCUGCCCCCCCGCGCCCGGGCCAAGUACGUGCGGGGCAACCUCAGCUCCAAGGAGGACUGGGUGUUCCUGACGAGAUUUUGCUUCCUCUCGGAUUACGGCCGACUAGACUUCCGUUUCCGAUACCCUGAGGCCAAGUGCUGUCAGAACAUCCUCCUCUAUUUCGAUGACCCAUCCCAGUGGCCAGCCGUGUACAAGGCAGGGGACAAGGACUGCCUGGCCAAGGAGUCAGUGAUCAGGCCAGAGAACAACCAGGUCAUCAACCUCACUACCCAGUAUGCCUGGUCAGGCUGUCAGGUGGUGUCAGAGGAGGGAACUCGCUACCUGAGCUGUUCCAGUGGCCGCAGCUUCCGCUCAGUUCGUGAAAGGUGGUGGUACAUUGCGCUCAGCAAGUGUGGCGGAGAUGGGCUGCAGCUGGAGUAUGAGAUGGUCCUCACCAACGGCAAGUCCUUCUGGACACGGCAUUUCUCUGCUGAUGAGUUUGGGAUCCUGGAGACCGAUGUGACUUUCCUCCUCAUCUUCAUCCUCAUCUUCCUCCUCUCCUGUUACUUUGGAUAUUUGCUGAAAGGUCGUCAGCUGCUACACACGACUUAUAAAAUGUUCAUGGCUGCAGCAGGAGUGGAGGUCCUGAGCCUCCUAUUUUUCUGCAUCUACUGGGGCCAGUAUGCCACGGAUGGCAUUGGCAAUGAGAGUCUGAAGAUCCUGGCCAAGCUGCUCUUCUCCUCCAGCUUCCUCAUCUUCCUGCUGAUGCUGAUCCUUCUGGGAAAGGGAUUCACGGUGACACGGGGCCGCAUCAGCCACUCGGGCUCGGUGAAGUUGUCUGUCUACAUGACCCUGUACACACUCACCCACGUGGCGCUGCUCAUCUACGAGGCCGAGUUCUUUGACCCGGGCCAGGUCCUGUACACCUAUGAGUCGCCAGCGGGCUACGGGCUCAUUGGGCUGCAGGUGGCGGCCUACGUGUGGUUCUCCUAUGCUGUGCUCGUCUCCUUGCGCCACUUCCCGGAGAAGCAGCCCUUUUACGUGCCCUUCUUUGCUGCCUACACCCUCUGGUUCUUUGCAGUUCCGGUCAUGGCCCUGAUCGCCAACUUCGGGAUCCCCAAGUGGGCCCGGGAGAAGAUUGUCAAUGGAAUCCAGUUGGGGAUCCAUCUGUAUGCCCACGGCGUGUUCCUGAUCAUGACACGCCCUUCAGCGGCCAACAAGAACUUCCCAUACCACGUGCGCACGUCGCAGAUCGCCUCCGCUGGAGCCCCGGGCCCUGAAGGCAGCCAGUCCGCAGACAAGGCCUUCCCGCAGCACGUCUAUGGGAACGUUACGUUCAUCAGCGACUCGGUGCCCAACUUCACGGAGCUCUUCUCCAUACCCCCGCCCGCCUCCUGCGCCGGGAAGCAGGUGGAGGAGACAGCGGUGGCGGCGGCGGCGGCCCCGAGGGGCCGCGUGGUGACCAUGGCCGAGCCGGGCGCGGCCUCCCCGCCCCCUUCCUCUCGGUUCCCCAAGGCGGCCGACCCAAGCUGGGAUGGCCCGACGCCGCCCUACCAGCCGCUCGUGCCCCAGACAGCGGCGCCGCACACCGGCUUCACCGAGUACUUCAGCAUGCACACGGCCGGGGGCACCGCACCCCCGGUCUGA